AUGCUAUGCAAAUCUUUCCCCCAGGUCAUAUUCAAAGUGAAAUGUGCAGCUGAAUUCAACAAGUACAAGGUCUUGUUGUAUCUGGGCUCCAUAUUUACCAGCCUCCUCUUCUUAGUUGUGAACUUAACUUGUGCAAUGUUAAUCCACGGUGAGGUCCCAGAGAACCAGCUGAGGUGGACAGUCCUUGCCCGUGCCCUAGUCAACGACAGCCUCUUCAUCCUCUGUGCCAUCUCGCUGGCUUGCUGUGUGUGCAAACUGGGAAAGAUGUCUUCAGCAAAUGUCUACCUCGAGUCUAAGGGAACAUCUGUCUGCCAGGCUAUUCUUGUGGGAUCUGUAGUCGCUCUUCUGUACUCCUCAAGGGCUUGCUAUAACCUGGUAGCUGUGGCCAUAUCUCCAGACAGUGUUCCUGGUCCUUUUAACUAUGGCUGGGACAACCUUUCAGACAAGGCACACGUGGAAACGAGCAGUGAAGAGUACGUGGUGUUUGGAGUGGUCCUCUUCCUCUGGGAGCUGGUGCCAACGACUUUUGUGGUGCUGUUCUUCCGGGCUCAGAGACUGAGUCAGAACUUGACUGCAGCGGGGAUGGUCAAUAGUCACAGCUACAGCUCCAGAGCCUACUUCUUUGACAAUCCGAGGCGCUACGACAGCGAUGAUGACUUGUCACGGCUUGGGGCCAGAGAAGGAGGCUUGGCCACCCCUCAGUGCUCGGGCUGCUAUGGGUCCCUGGCUGGGAACGACAGCUACGUGGCGGGUCCCCACCUCGGCGGAACCGCUACAGACAGUGCCCCCUUGCUCUUUGCCGCAGGCGGCUCGGAGACGAAUAACCACCAUAGCUCAUGCCCUGCACCACAGAACUGAAGAGGCUGCGAGGUCCCUUUCUUCCCAGAAGUGGCAUUCAUGUAUAGGAUUGUAACCUGGUUUUCUCUUUCCUUCUUCCCCGAAAGCAUCUAACUCAUCGACACAAACAUUCCACUACCUGCUGCAGCCGUGAGCAGGACUGAGCCUACGGCUGCAGGCAGUAAGCGAGAGAACUGUGACUUUAAGGUACCAUGUAGCAAAGUGAAGCUGAACUCUUUGGAAGCUUUUUCUUGGUCUGGUCUUCAAGAUGUUGGCAGCUAAAUGCACCAGAGCUUCCUCACUAGAAAAGAAACAUCAAAUGCAUAUUUGCACUUUUAUCUGCACACUUGGAAGGAACGAAUCUUGCUCGGACCCUGCUUGGUCUGAGACUGUUCUAGUUACUCUUUUAAUUGCACAUCCAUAGCUGGGAGAGGCAGUGUCUUCCUGCAAAGACGUGUUCCGUGAAGUACUCUGCAUCCUGACUCCCUCGGGAGCGUGGGGCUCCCUCGGCCGAGCGCGUUGCGGGCAGGGCCUCCUGCGGUGGAUGUUAAAGCACACCGUGCCCCGUUCACACCCUCUGGGCUGAGCGUGGUCUUGCUCUGACUGCUGGUCCUUGGUUCGCCCGAUUGCUGAACUGCCCUACCUAGGACUGCGGGUUCAAAGCUGAGCUCAAAGCGGAUCCUAGCAGAGGCCUGGGAGGGUGAGAUCAAGUGCUCCUACUGGCAUUGAGGUCACUACCUUGUAACCAACCUGUUAGCUGAUGGUGGAGGAAGAGGGCUGGCUUGAUGGCCGCUGUCACGCGAGGGGGGAGACUUUAUAGGCUGCUGCCUUGUGGGAAAGCUUCGAGCUGGAGCUGGCUCAGUAAGAGCCUGCGUGUGGGAGCACACGUGGCCCCAAGCGUGUGUAAAACCCCAGGGCUGCUUGAAUGGGUGGGUGGGUGGUGAGAGCAGUCCUGCUCCCCCCUCCUCUUCACCCGUGGUGGGGCUCCCCUUUUCCCCUCAGUAUUAAAUUGCAUUUAGCAGAUAACGGUGAGUUUUACCCUGAAGUGAAUGUGAACUGGUGGGGUCCCCAGGGUGGUGCAGGAGGUGUCUGUCUGCAGCUGCUGCGGGGAUCUGGUCCCUUCCUCUGCCCUGCUGUGGGGCAGGACUGUGGGCCUGCGGUCCUCCCACUGCCACAGCAGCUGGGUCAGCAGGGCUUAGUGGUGCACCUGGGCUUUGGGUGUGCUGGGUCAGCCUGGGAGGUUUCUCUGGCU